AAUAAAACUAACCGCUUCCUCUAUGAUCUGGCACCACUUUUUAAGGUUGUGUGUGCCAGGAACUGUCUAGAUGAAAUGGUCAUUUUUAUCAUUUGGUACAUCCUGAAUGAGGAUGUUCUGACUUCCAUCACCUACACAGUGGUAACUGCCCUGCUGAAACCACUGGUGUACAGCCUGUGGAACAAAGAUGUGGAAGUAUCUCUCAAAGAAAACUUUCUUGUGAAAAAUAAAUCUUUGGAGUCUCUGAAAUUUAUCAGGGAGUGA